UUUAUAAUGAACUCAUAAUUGAAAUUACUCAACUGUCAUGACGACAGGAGACACCUCGAACCAAAAAAGGGAAAAUUUUAACAAAAUUUUAAGUUUUCCUAAACGAAUCACAAAGUAGAUAUAAAAUUAAAAACCCACUAAAUACCCGCCUUUUGGGAGAUUUUGUUUAGCAAAGUCCAACCGAGAAACACACACACAGAGAGAAAACAAUGGCUUUCAAUUUUACGGCAUUUACCUAUAUAAUUGCCCUGAUAGGUGAUGCAUUUUUAAUAUUCUUUGCAAUAUUUCAUGUUAUUGCAUUUGAUGAAUUAAAAACAGAUUAUAAAAAUCCCAUAGAUCAAUGUAAUAGUUUAAAUCCGCUGGUGUUGCCGGAAUAUUUGCUACACAUCUUUUUGAAUUUGUUAUUUUUAGUAUGUGGUGAAUGGUUUUCAUUGUGUAUCAAUAUUCCUUUGAUUGCCUAUCAUAUAUGGCGUUACAAAAAUCGUCCCGUCAUGUCUGGUCCCGGUCUUUAUGAUCCAACCACUGUUUUAUCUUCAGAUAAUUUAACCAAAAAUAUGCGUGAGGGCUGGAUUAAAUUGGCCAUUUAUUUAAUAUCAUUUUUCUAUUACAUCUAUGGCAUGGUCUACUCUUUAAUCUCAACGUAGAUGUUACGAUAAAAAAGUUUAUUUCUUUUUUUUCUUCAAAGCGCUUGUCGUCCAAUCAAUUACCAA